CGCGGCUUUAGGUGUCGUUCCUGGUGCUGAAGCUGCGCGUGCCGGGGUGUGUGUGUGUGUGUGUGUGUGUGAGAGAGAGAGAGAGAGAGGCAGGCAGUUAUACAGGCUGGCUGAGCUCAGAAGUCGCGCAAGGCAUCCUCCUCCUCCUCCUCAGUAUCAUAACGAGAAAACAGUCCAGGAGAAUAACACGAUUAAAAGAAAAUAAAGAAACGUUUACUCGUUUUUUUCCGUUCUAUUUUUCGUUCUUUUUUUUCUGGUGGACGUGCUUUCUUUUCACUGUCAAGGAUUUUCUUUAUUUUGGUGAGAGGUCGGCGUUAUCAGCGCACCGCGUCCUUUAUGCACAGCACGCUGCUCCAGCCUGUAAAGCGGAGCCAGGCCGCGGGUGGAGACGGAGGCGACUGCGGAGGAGGAGGUGGUGGUGGAGGAGGCGGAGGCGGAGGACCCGGAGCACGAAGCGCGGAGAUGGAGGCCAAAAUCCAAAAGGCGAUCGACUUCAAGCUGGAGGGUCACCGCUGCUACAAGGAGAAGAAAUUCCGCGAGGCCAUCGGGAAGUAUCACCGCGCGCUGCUGCAGCUGAAAGGCGUGCAGGUGGCGGCGGGUGGCGGCGGCGGCGGCGGGGACGUGGAGCUGCUGAACCGAGCCACCGCCGAACAGCUCUCCGAGGAGCAGCGGCGCGCCGUCAGGAGCACAGAGAUCGAGUGCUACGACAGCCUGACAGCAUGUUUGCUUCAGUCGGAGCUGGUGAAUUACGAGAGAGUGAAGGAGUAUUGUUUGAAAGUCCUCGGUCAUCAGCAGGACCAUUUCAAAGCCAUGUACCGUGCCGGCAUCGCCUUCUACCAUCUGGGAGACUACGACUGCGCCCUGCGCUACCUCCGCGAUGCCAAGAGCCGUGAACCCACAGACACAAACGUGUUGCGAUACAUCCAGCUGACGGAGAUGAAGAUGAGCAAGAGCGGUCAGCAAGUGCGAGAAAGCAACAAAGAGGCUCUGGGUUAAUCUCUGCCCGUUCCUCUGAUCAUUUGGCCAUCCUCUCCACAAAUCUCUCCCUCCUUUUUCCUCUACACCCCUCGUACCACGGACUACCAGGACCCCUGUACUGUGCCCUUUGGUGAAGAUGGACUGCUUUCGGCACAGACGCCCCCUCGACUCUCCUGCUCUCCCGCUCUGAAUCCUCUCUGUCCCUUUAAAACCAAACCGCCCCGGUGCUUUCAGUUUCCCAGGUACUGACUGACCAAACGAUAUGGAAAAAAAAUAAAUAAAAAAUCAAAAUCGACAAAGCAGCAAGAAUCACUGGAAGUCUGUAGGAAAAUUCGCACGGACCUGAUAAAGGACCUUCUACGGUAUUGGGGAGGUGAACGAGCAGUGAAGUGUAGCUAUAGAGAGGUGGAGGUGUAUUACUGUGUGGCCACCAUCUUUAACUUUAAAAGAGCACACAUAUCAAUGCCACAGUGCUGCACCGAAACAAAUGCUAAAUAGGGCCUAGGAUGAAGCAGAUGACCUUUGAACUCAAGCGCACUCCAUCGCACACCUCCUUCUUCCUGGCUGAAGGGAGCAGGAGAGAAAAUGCAAUUCCGUCUCGCCGGAUACUACUGAUCUCUUUGCCUGCGUUUUCAUUUACUCCUGGUUUUCUUUUCUUUUUCUUUCUCUCACGCUCUCUUUCUCAAAUUUGGCUGUAUUUAAUCUUUUUUGAACUGUUUCAAUUUAAGGGCUAAUUCAAACGUAAUUCGUAAUUCGUCCUUCGAUUCCGAGCACGCUUUCUUUUGUGUUCUUUCGCCGCUCGUUGUACAAUAGUAGCAUUCGUUUAAGCAAGUUCGUGAUGUUGUUUUUGUCUUUCGCCAAGAAACAAAACAAAAAAACAAAAAAAACAAAACAAAACAAGAAGCAAACGCUGCCCCGAAGCUAACAGCUGUUUCGUGAAACCCAUGUCUUCGAUCUCCUUCAAUUCCCGAGCGUCCCCGCCCCUCUCUGAGUUUAGCCAUUGACAGUGUUUCCAGACGUGAGAAAUUCUGCAGGGUUUUUUUUUAGAUAGAGAUAAAGAUUAUAGCGCUUAUAUGCUUUACGCCUCAUGUAGUCACAUCUGUAUUACCAUGUGCCAUGUGAUUUCAAGUGCCACUAAUAAUGAGCCUUGCAAAUCAAGGCUCUACAUUUUUCAUAAGUAAGCAAAAAUAAUAUCUUUCAUUUGAAGCAUCGCUCUGGCUGUCAGAAGCUUUAGCAAAGCAUUGGGUGUAAUACAGAUUUGAUCGUUUAAAUCAUCAUGUGUCCAAUGACCCAAAUCGGAAGCAUCCGAAAUUAAUCUUCUCUGGGAAAAAAACCCCAAACAAUUUGCUGUUAAAUGACAGAUAACCUGAGGAUAAUAGACUCCUUCAUGCAAUCAGUCUUAGUUUCCAGUUUGCAUUAGCAACCAGUCGGCUGAGACGUUUCUGUCUGGCCCGAUACGAGAGAUAACGGUGUCAGUGCGACUCUAGGGGACGGCGAGCAUGGAUUCAGACGAGGAUAGACUCUGGCGAGAUGUAGAACACAGAGAUGGAGACUCUGAGCCAAUGUUUUGGUGAGCUAUAAGAGCAGGAUCGCUUUCAACUGGACGAGGCACAGAGUGACCUGAGAAACAAAAUGCUUGCUUGCUUUCUUCCCAGCUCUCUGACUCCACAGCUUUUCUAGAUCUUUCCGUAUCAUGUUUGUCGCCCUGACUUUUAUGCACUUUUCUUUUUAAUUUUGAGUUUAAUUUGAUUGAGUAUUGAAUUUGUUUAUGUAAAGGGCAAAGAUGAUAGCGAUGCAUCACUGGAGUCUGGGUCAUUAGCUCCGUUUAAACGUGUCUCUUAUGUCCCCCGUGUGCUGGCUGUCUUUGGUCAGAUGGUUACGACACAGGAUUGUGUGAUUGUUGUCACCCGACAGCAACAAAAGCACAAAAUAGGGAAGUCGGAUGGACGAAAGUGAAGCGGUUAGCUGUGCUCGUUUUCUUCGAUGUCACUUGAGGUAGGUGUUCGUUGAAUGUUCAAAUUAGAUACGUGUGGUUUUGAAACAGAUGUACAAAAAAAAAAAAAAAUACAAUGGUUGUGGAGAGCUUUACUUUACGGAAUUGUUUUAUCAAUAUACGAGAAAGAAAAAUUAAUGAGAUUAUGAAAAAAUAUAUAUAUAUUUAAUGAUCAAAAAAGGGCAACUUUGUAUCUGUGUACAUGUUAAAAACGUUCUCUUCUGUUAAUUGCCUUUUUUUGUGAUGUCACAACUUCAGUCUUGUCUGAAUCGCAGUCCAAGGGUUUGGGGGUAUGACCUUUGACCUCCCAAGUGAGAUCCUAAGAGUGAGAAGGGUGUAAUUAUAAUAAUAAUAAUAAUAAUAAUAAUAAUAGUGAUGAUGAUGAAGAAGGAAGAAGAUGAAGGGGUGAGGGUACCCUACAGGCCUGAACACAAAUGAACAACUCGCUGGUUUCUUUUUUCAUCCAUUCGUCUGUUCUGGAGAGAGCGACUCAGACCUUCUGGUUGUUCUGGUUGUUAUGGUUCUUAUCCCACCGUCUUGCUGGUUCACGUUUUUGCCCCCCUGAGCGAGAGUGUGUCAUCAGAAGACCUGAGAACUGGUUACAUUUACCUGCAAGCCCAGGAAUGCACUAUUGAUAUGUAUUUGAAAACGAAUAAACUUUAGAAA